AUAAAUUUCACUCUGUUAAAGAAGAAAGGACAAACAACUUGCUGAUUGAGUUAUUUUUGCUGAACGGGUGAUUUGACACUGUGCGGAAGACUCUUGCGUUCUGCGACUGUGACGUAAUCUUAAGAGGUCCAUCACAAUGAAGAUGGGACACGGGCAUGUGAUGUUAACACUGGUAUUCGGUUUAGGGCUCGCCACGUUAAGCACGGCUUUAGAUUUGAAUGAUUUUGAUCAAGCUGAGUUGGAUGCUGUCGUUGUGCCCGGGAUUCCACCUGUAACAGGGGGAUCAUGUUUUAAGUACACAUAUCGCAAUUCACUACUAUUUAACUACUGUGGGCUCAACCUUGCCUUCAUGGUGAAUAUACGAAAGGGUUUGUGGAAAGAGCACGGCAAUGGGAUAUACCUCUACUCGAUGAUCGAGGAAUUUAUUGAAAAAAUUGCUCGAAGAAUGGAUAUUGGUAUACAGGCCUCGAAAAACCUUGUGGGAGUUGUAGUCUACUUCAAGUUUCCUAGGAAAGAAUUCGGAUUGAAAAUGUUCACAGAUAUCGAUACCCUCAUUAAUAAUGGGAUAAGAAAGAUUGAUUUUGCAAAUGGCGGAGAGCGAUCGUAUCCUUUUAAGGCAAUGUCCUAUAUCUACUCGAAUGAGUCAUUCUUCAGUUACGGCAAUCGAUAUGAACCAAGACUUCGCAACAGGAACGCUGUAAUAGUGCUUGACGAUGGGAUCCUAAAGGUAUCAAACAAUGCACGAAGAAUAAAGCUGAAAACUCAAUCAGACAAGCUUAAGGGUAUAUCCACUGUUUUUGUGAUUGGCCUUCGUAAUCAGACUCUUGACUUGGACGCGUAUGACAACGGGGGUCUGGAUAUCAAAGAUAGGAUACGAAUUGAUAACUGGAUAACCAUGUCAGCUCCAUUGGGUUCCAUGGAAAAUCCAGAAGUUAGACGGGAGAACAUCAUAACAACCUCGUUAUGGUCGUAUAAAGAUUAUUUGCUUGAUUCGUUGGUUGAUAAAGUUAUGGAACGCCUCAAUGAGAUUUCAACCUGCGAGUACCUGACUGGGGAGGAUCCUGGAGAGUGCGUGUGAUCCACAUUUGACUUUCCCGAUCAUUUCGACACA